UUUUCCUCCUGUGAGGACGCAUAGCACAGUGUUUCGGAUUGAUUGGUGAAAAGAUUGGGUUUUAUACAGUAGAGUUUUCGCACUUGCACAGUUUAUCCUGGAACUCCCUUUUUAGCUCUCAUUUUUGCAAUACAAAAUCCCCUUCCUUUUGACUGUGAUUAAGCUCCCGAAGGUUGUUUAGCUCGUUACACACGUUCCAGCUGUGCCGUGAAUUAUAUUUUUCGUUCAUACAUAAUCCUUGAAAGGGCUUUGUGAAGUGCUUGAAAAAAAUGUCAGCCAUCCAACUGUUGCGAGAAUUGAUCAAAGCAUCUGAAAAAGCGGCAAACAUUGCAAGAGUUUGUCGCAAAGAUGAGCAUCUUUUCGGAUUAUUGAUACAAGAAAAACCCAAAGACGAGGCAAAUACACGUUUUGAACAUGAUUUCAAAACAUUGGCUGAUUGUUUGAUUCAGGAGACUGUAAAAUAUGACAUUGGAAAAUUGUUUCCAGAGCUUCGGAAAAACAUUCGAGGAGAAGAAAAUCCCAACUUUACCAAUGCUUGCGGUGAAUCUGUAAUUAUCUCCGUUUCAGACGACAGACAUGAAACCACAGAAAAUCUUCAGAAGGUUUUGAAUGGUGACAAGACCGCUGCUCUGCGUUUGAUUGACGAGGUGUAUCGGGAUAUCGAUUUGGAUGAUGAAGGAUGGCAAAUUCCUAGCGAAUCAGUUUCUCUUGACCAUGAAAUUUCAGAAUUGGGGAUUUGGAUAGAUCCAAUUGACGCUACAGCUGAAUACAUUCAAGCAAAAGAAAAAUACUCAAAGUUUCCCAAUAUCAUGGCGUCUGGGCUGAAGUGUGUAACUGUUCUUAUUGGCGUUUUCGAGACUGUGCAAGGCAAUCCAAUUAUCGGUGUUGUGAAUCAACCCUUUGCUAAUGAACCUGAACCGAAUGAAUUCGAAGGAAAAGUGUACUGGGGACUUACAAUUGGUGAUUUAAAAUUUAAUAAUAUUGUAUCUAUUGAAACUGAAGAUAGAAUAGCUGUGCUAUCUCCAACAGAACAAUCAAAAUAUGUUGAAUUCCUAAAGAAACAACUAAAAUAUGAUAUCGUAUACUCAUCUGGUGCUGGAUAUAAAAUAUUAAAAGUUUGUACUGGAGAAGCUGAGUUGUUUUUGCUUAGCCGGGCUAAUACUUACAAGUGGGAUACUUGUGCUCCACAAGCUAUUCUACGUUCAUUGGACGGGGAAUUGUUUGAUUUGCAAGAUACGCUCGUGAAUAAAUCUUUAAAGAAAAUUUCAUAUCGUGAUACAAAAAUCACGCGUAAUACAGGUGGACUAAUUGCAUAUCGAAACAUCGAAAAAUUUAAAGAUUUCCUCAAGUUAUAAACCGAACACAAAGUAACCCUCUAUAAUAUGUCACACAUUGAAUGUAUUGAAAUAAGUAAUUAUUAAUCCUAACAAAUUUACUGGAAUUAGCGGCUGUUGAUUGUUGUCGAAAAUGAUAUGAUAUUUGACUUAUUAAAUGUUGAACAUUAGAUGGCAUUACUCUAACUGCUGUCCCAAAGAGACAUGCUGUAACCGUUGAUCGUGGAGCCAAAUUUGAUGUAAUCAAUCAAAACAAGGAAAUCUAGUCGGGUAAGGAAAUCAUUUAUUUUUAUGAGUAUAUUUUAAAUUAUUUGAAACAAAUUUCUCCACGAACUUAUAAUUCAGAACCAACAGUACAAAAUGUAUACCUGUAUGUUUUCAUUUUUAAAAUGUAUUAUUUUUUUUCAAUUUAAUCUGACCAAUAAUGCUUUGCUAUUUGAAUACAGCGAAUCUAUAAUUUAAUUUUUUGUUAAGUUUAAUAGUUCUAUUAUGCUUUCAACCCAAAGAAAUUUUAAGUCGAUAAAUCAUGAACGAAAAUGUAACAUUUGCUGUUCAUAUAGAAAUCAGACAUAUUUAUCAGGCACUGAUGAAGAUAUUAUCAUACAGAAAACGCUCCUAUCUAAAGAUUCACUGAAGUGGCUACGUUCACACUUUCAAUAUUAAUACUACAACAGCAAUGGAAUCUUUCGGAUAGUUGCUCUAAAUUAUGUGAAUAACUUUAUUAAAAUAGAAUGCAAUAGGGAAAUACGAUUAUGUGAUGCUAUUUAGACGACUUUUAGAUUGAUGCAUUUAUUGUAAUAUGGAUCCACCGGGCAUCCGUUUCAGAUUAUGUAGCUGUUUUGCAGAAAUAUAUAUAUAUAUAUACAUACAAGUAAUGAUAAUCAACAAAUGUGUGUUAGCAUGAAACGAAUAUAAAACAAGCAUCAAUUAGCGAAGCUUUAAUGUAUAUUUAGAAAUAGUUGUGCAUUUAAAAUGCUAAAUCAAAUGAUGUUUGUGGUGUAAUAUGUCAUUAAACUGAACCUAAUAAAGUAUUUGUGAAUCUGAUACGUGA